AUGUUGAAAAAAAUCAAAAUUUCACAUUUGAAGCAAGUUAUUUCGCCAUCUAUUGUUCACAUUCAUGUCGACCAAUCAUUGAAUGCAAAACUACUAUCGAUAUACAUUUACACGUCAGCCGUUGUGUCGUUGAUCGGUGGAUCGGAUCGUCACUUAUACAAAAUGUUUCGUGUAGUGUUAGCUGCUCUCACCAUAAUUGCUUUAGUUAACGGUGAAACCUGCGAAUCACCAGAAUUCAAAGUAGUUUCACACUCCACAAGAGAUGCACGUUUAACAGCUGAAUCAGCAGCUCAACUGGAAAUCACUGUUAAGUGUAAGAACGGAAAACAACCAGGAACACUCUACGCAGAUAUCAAUGGUCAAGUCAUUCCAUGUGCACAAACGCCAACAGCUCCUGGAAAAUACUUCAUUGGUGUCGCAGCCAACACACAUAAAGAACUAGCAUCAGGACGUACAAAAAUAAAAUUGUAUGAUGAUGAUUCGUACUCGGCUCUCCGUAAAGCUCGUACAGAAGAUGCAACCAAAGCUGUCAAACCAUUCGGUCAAGUUGAAUUAAAUCAUCCCGGUGUAAGUUAUGGUCCAUGGUUACCCAGUGAAUUCUUUGCUGUUUGUACUUUUGGACUUGUGUGGUGGGCUGCUUAUCGUGAACGAUCGAAAAUUCUUGGUUAA